AUGGGUUGUUUAUAGUCUAGAAAUCAGUAACUUAUUGAAGAGCAAAAAGAGCAAGCAGCUAUGAAUGAAGAAGAUAAGAGUAUAGUUUAAUAAUUUAUAUGAUAGAUAACAAAUUAGAUUUAGUGAGUUGCUCAUUUACAGAGAGCAAAAAUAGUUAAAAUAAAACUUCAAAUAGAGUUUCAAUAGAAGAAUGUAGAAAUUCUUUUAAUCAAAGUAUUGAUAUGAUGCAAGAUAUCAAUAAAAAAUUGGAAGCAUUUUCUGGAAAUGAUUCAGACCUAUCAGAUAGUGAAUUGCAAUGA